GUAUUGUUGGACCGACGAAACGUAGUUCGGCUCGAGGUUCAGAUCUCAGAAACGAACUGCGGCAACUUCAGACUACAUAUAUCUAAUCUAUAACAAAAGUAUAUUCCAAAGAUGUCGAUGAGUCUUGGAGUACUCCAAUUGAACCAGCCGUAAGGCUCACACGACCUGGUGACAGUGUGAGCUCAUUGCAAGCAGGGCGAUAGUCUUGGCAGCAACGCCAGUAAUCCGUGUUAUUACUUGCCUGUGGCUGUACAAUUUGAAUCCAUAUACAUAGCAGCCUUCCACGACAUUCCUUCAAGUUUCUUGGUUUCAACACCAUGGCACUCUAUGCACGCCACCCCCGAUUUACGGUCAUCCUUCUCAUAUUAAUCUUCAUUUCGUUGGUCAUGUUUGCGAGCGACUCGGAGUCUUUGAGCUCAGUACGCUCAGUGGCCUUCAGCAGAUCUAGGGAUGCCGUGCUCGCAGAGGUCCUUGCCUCGGAAGAGGUGUACUACGAAGAAAUGGUGCAGAGACGACAGCAACUCAUAAAAAAAUGGGGGCCGACACCCGAUAAGGUUGACCCGUUCCCCUCGCAUGGCGAGUUUUACACGCUCUGGGACUUCUUUUUGCCGUCAUUCAGAUGCCCUCAUCGCGUCGAGCGUGUUGGGAUUUUGGGCGAUGGAGGUAAAUGGGUCUGUGGAUUAGAACGCAUAGCUCCCAAACGCGAAUGCACGAUAUAUUCUUUCGGGGUUAACGGCGAGUCGUCUUUUGAGGCGGACCUUAUGAAGGCAGCGCCCGGUUGUCAGCUUUAUGGUUAUGAUUUCAGUGUCCGUUCCUUUGGUCCUGAGAUCGAAGAAGACAGGGAUUUGAAAUCACGCUCCCACUUCUUCUCAUACGCACUUGGAUCUGAAGACAAACACAGUGUAGCCGACGAUCCAAAAACGUACACUCUUCGCACUCUCAUGGAACUGAAUGGACACGAUUUCAUUGACAUCCUCAAAGUUGACAUCGAGGGCAACGAGUUUGAUUCGUUGUCAACUUUCAUCGACUCUUUCAAUGGUGAACCGCUCCCAUUCGGCCAAAUUCAGCUCGAAGUGCACGUAUACCCAGGCAGUGUUUGGAACGAAUUCCCAAAAUUCCUCGCGUGGUGGGAAAAGCUGGAAGCUGCUGGCUUGAGGCCGUUCUUCUCUGAGCCAAAUCUUGUCUACAUAAACCUUGUCAGAGGCGCUCGCCCAGACCUUAUAGAGUAUUCUUUUAUUAAUAUCCGCGGUGAUCAUGAGCUGGUGUCCAAUCGGCCCCCAUCUUCCCGAUCCAGCUAAAAGUCUGCAGGACGGAUGAAUUCUUUAUUUAUCAAAAUCGGACAUCAUUCCUAUAUCCUGUAUUGGAGAUUUAAUAUUCUUGAUCACGGACAGUAUCAACUACGUCGAUCCUUACUCCGUUUGCCCCUUACUUUGUCUUAGCUGCAAACAGAUCCCAAAACCACUCGUUUGUUACAAUGUGGGUCAAAUGAGGUUACGAAGCCCAAGAUUUACCUCGCAGUAAGGUUAUAGUGCUGGUACCUUGCUGAUAAACUCCUAAGCAACUGUCCUGAUUUACUUUCCUUCACGGAACGAAC